CAAAAUCGAUUGUCUUCGCUAUCUGGUUAAGCCGAGCUUUACACAUUGAUAUAGCGUGCAUAUAUACACAUACUUAUAUGUAUAUAAGGGAAUGUAUAUAAAGCUAUAAAAUAUAUUUAGCUAGAAGCAAUAGUAAUUAGCCGUUCAAGCUAAUUUAAACACAAAAAACUAUAAUAAUUUGCAGGGAAAAAAUAAAAUAAUUAAAAAACCUUAAAAAACCUUAAAAGUAAAUAAAAAUAAAUAAGUAAAUAAAAUGUUUGUUCAUAUAUUUAUAUUGAUUUUUAUGAAUUGUGUAAGUAAUUGCUUGUGUUUUCAUGUGAAUUUUAAUGCAUUUUAUGGCGCACAACUCGAACCGUUUAAUACGCAAAUGCAAAAACGUGAAAUGGCGCAGUUUUUCGAUAAAGCUGCCUAUUCCUUUAAUGGGCUCAGUAAAAUCGAAUCAGUGCCGGUUUCCUUCCCGACUGAUAUUUGUAUACUCUCACUGGAAGGUGUGAAAUAUGCAGCCUCAUUGCAUCGAAACAAAAAUGGUUUGCGGCAUUUAACAGUUUACAAAAAUGUGAACAAUAAUUACAGUGAACUGCACAGCAUUGCAAUGCCCAAUGCUGUUGCCAUGGAUUGCAAAGCGCUCGGUGCAAAGGGUUAUAUUGCGUUGGCCUUUAAUCUCACACAAACGAUAGAAAAUGCACGAGACGGCUCCCCGAUUUACUUGCUCACCGCCGAUGAGCGCUUACGCGCCGUACAAUUUUUUGGCACUAAAAAUUUGUAUUCGAUUUAUUUGCGCACCACGGCGAAUGAUUUGUUUAUGUUGCAAACAUUGCGCAGCAGCGAUGAUGCACCAAACCCACAUUGCCCCUAUUACAAAUGGUCGGGUACAUCGUUUACGCUGCUUGCGCGUAUACCGUGUAGCAAUGCGCGUCAUGUCGAACCAUUUGCCAUUAACUAUGAGAAUUAUGUGGCUUUGGCGAACUAUGCCGAUCAAAAGGGACGCACCACAACAUAUUCGGAAAUUUAUAAAUUCAUACGCGAAAAGAAACGCUUUCAGCUCUUCCAGAAGAUACGCACCUAUGGUGCGGUGGAUGUGCGUUACUUUAGUGCACCGUUAGACGAGGUGAAACGCCGCCAUUUCUUGGUCUAUGGCAAUUCGGUGAGCAGAAGUAAGAGCGCUGUACGCGGCGAAGACACCAAUGAAGCGGAUUCAGUCUUUUACGUCUUCGAUAAGGGACAAUUUGUGCCGUAUCAAAGUUUAUCGCUGUAUGCGGUGGAGCAAUUCCUUCCAGUGCAGAAUGUAGAUGCGGAGAAAUUUUUACUGCUCGUGGCUUGCAAGGAUCAGGAUACAAAAAUUUACAAUCUGAAUGAUUGGAAAUUCGAGCCGUCAAAUGUGCAAUUUACCGAAGGCGCUUUAGGGCGGGGCGUAUCGAAGAUGAGAAUUCAUCAAGAGAACGAAAAAAGUUUUUUGGUCAUCGCAAAUGAGAAAAUGACCGAAAAUGAUACGAACAUUUUUCUACCGAUCUUCAAGCAAGAUGAACACGCGAAUGCUUUACGCCAACAGAUUAUCGAUUGGACUAAAACGCAGACGGAACGUUUGGCGCAAGUCGAUGUUAGUAAACUACAAAAGGAUGUAGAGCAAAAAUUGUCACAAGGCCAACGCCCGAACAUCAACACGCAAGUGCCGAUUAUUUCUCAAGCCGAUAUACAAACUGUGAACACUAAUACGUUCGUUUAUCCGAAACAUCAUUUCACAAGCAAUUAUUGGCAGGCGUUGAAUUUCGUCACCCAAGCUGUAAAUGGCAUAGAGGCUGAGCUCAAAUCAGCCACUGAAAAACGUCUUAAACGUGCCACGCCCACAACUGAUGCUAACAAAGAAUUCGCCAACAUUAGAGUCGACACACUUAUUGUUAAGCACAAACUGGAGGCACAACAAGUGAACGGUGUUGAGGCAACACGACCCACAUUCGAGCGUAUCAAAGCUAAAAAAGUGCGUGUAACGAGUAGUUAUCAAGCGACGGCACGUACGCUGCAGGAGAACGUUUCCACUUCGACAACAGCAACAGUUGUGGCACCGACAUUAGCAGUCAACAAUCUGCAAAUCAAUGGGCUUGUGAAUGAUUAUAAAUGGAACGAUUUGCUAAAUUAUACAUUGAAGCGUGAGGGUGUGCAGUUUCUUGAACAGUCGGCGCAUAUAGGUAAUUUAGUAGCGGAAUCAGUGCGUGUGUUAAGCGAUGAUAUUGAUGGUAAUAAUUUGAAUGAUCUCAUACCAAUCGAUGGUGGCGUUGGAGCUGUUGACGAUCAUAUAUAUAUGGUUAAUCAAUCAAUACGGUUUGAAGCAACUGUAGUAGCUAAGGAGUUGUUUAUACAUGAGCGUUUAAAUCAUAUCAAUGUGCAACAAAAUAAACUUGAUGUGCUGCUGAAGAGACAACCAAAUGUAACGCAGGUAAUGGGGGGUGUGAAGGCUUUUGAAAAUGUGCGCAUUAUGCAGCCGGUCACAAUGGCGGUAAGUGAGGCGGGUACGACGUUGGGUGCAAGUUUACAAUCCUUGGCCUCACAACAAAUCAUACACGAUGACCUUGUGCUUAAUGGAGAUUUUACUAUAAAGGGUGACGCAAUUAUAUCCAGUAUAUUAAGCGUCGACGAUUUAUUAGAUCGAAACACCGAAAUUAGCACUAAAAAGACAUUGGAAAAUGGUAUCGAUAUAACGCAAACGCUGGCGAAUUUUAAUAUUAAAUUUGAACAACCAGUGGAAGCGAAUAAUACAUUAUUAACAUUCAUCAAUACAGUUGACUUGCAGCAACUAAUUAAAACGAAUUUUAAAAGCCUACAGGUAGUAGAGGGCGAGAAACAUUUCAAACAGACACUCGAAAUACGCAGAGGUUUCAGUGAAGUGAAAAAUUUAAAUGGUGUGGAUAUUGAAAAAUUGCCCGAACGUUUUUUAUUUAAGUCUGUAAACCAAAGUAUUACAGCACCAAUGCAUUUGGGUAGCAUACAAACGUCCAGUGUGAUUGCACAUAAUUUAAGGCUUAAGGAUAGACCAAUUGAGACAUAUGUCACCAGCAAUGGACACCAGCAUUUGCCUGUCACACUAACAGUGGCAGAGUUAAACUCACAAUUUUUUAACAUCGAACGAUUGCAUACUAAUGGACAUAUUUUCGGCAAGUCAAUGCACGCCGCAUACGCACAGCCACUAAUGGCGCAGUUAUUGUCUAACACGACAAAAGGCAUUGAUUUGUUAACACCAAGGCAAAAAUUCUCGAAUACUAUAUUUGUGGACAAUUUACGCUUGAGUGAUGGCAGCAUUAAUGGACGUAAAGUUCAGGCAAUAGAAAAACAGCUGCAGCAUCUAAAUGCAGAUAUACAUUUUGAGGGGAGCUACAAAUUCAAUUACAACAUGAAUAUAAGUCAUUUAACAUUUCAAGGUAAAUUGAAUGAUAUACCUGCUACGGAAUUUGGGCAGAGUUGGUUGCAGAAAAGUGGCAAACAAGUAUUUACUUCCCCUCAAAGCUUGUCGGAUGUAAACUGUUUAAAAGAAAUGCAAAUUGAUGGCACACUUAAUAAUCAACGAAUAGAUGAUUUUUUUGAUAAUACCUACUGGACAAACCGGAAUGAGUAUAUUGACACUAUACACUUUCAAAACCCUAUACAAAUGGAAGCGAUGCUUAGUACAACCACGUUAAAUGGUAUACAUGUACCGCUGGAUAUUAUUAAUGCCAACUCAACUGCACCGCAAACAUUUUAUGCCAGUACAUCCAUUCACGGUCAGCUUGAUGUAUUAGGUUCUGUAGGUAUUUACAAUGUAUCCACCCUAAAUGGCAUAAACUUGCGGGAAUUGGAAAGAUUCCUAAGAGGUGUUGGAGUUAAUACUUUUCAUGUAGAACAUGCGAGCUUUGCCCAGACGCCACUUUAUCACACUUUAAAUCGAUACGAUUUGUCGAUGUUGCUGGACAAAGUUUGGUUGGCCAAUGAAAACGUUCGCCUGAGUCAACAUGUCGAAUUGGCAAAUGCUACUUUUGAGGGUCUGUUGGAAUUUGAGGGUUUAGUGAAUAAUAUACAUUUGCAAUAUUUGAAAGAAAAUUAUUUAAGCUUAUCUCGACCACAAGAUGUGCGCACUGAAUUGAUUCUGGCCGGUGAGGCAAAGUUUGAAGGUGAAUUGUCUGCCAACAACAUACGGUUGGCUGGAUUACUAAUGGAAACUAGCAGAAAUUCAACUAUGAAUUUCGACGAGUUCGUUGCGAAUACACUAAAAACAGAUGGGCCUCAUGAAGUGCGCGCUAGCUGGAGCUUAGUAAGCUUGCUAAUACAAGAAGAUUUGGAGAACGUACAAAUAAACAAUUUAAAUUUGGCACAAGAUAUACUGCGUCUGGACACACCUUGUGCAUCAGUAACGGCGCCAAAACGCUUACAGUCAACUAAUAUUCGAAAGCUAUAUGCCACAUCGAGCAGUACUAUAAAUAGUAUACCAAUAAUUGAUUGGAUUCAAUCGGCGGUUUAUUUGCAAGGGAAUCACACAAUUAAUGGUAACAUCACGCUCAACACCGUUAAUAUGUACAAAGAUUUGAGUAUAUUAGACACCGUUAAUGGCAUAACGAAUUUCGGCGAACAAACAUUAUUGUUACGUAACAUUCCAAAACAAAUACUGCAUGGAGAUAUAUAUAUAAAUAGUUUGUUAUCCAAUAACCGUGGUGUAUUUGUAAAUAGUUUUGAAAAUUUGUCCGUUAAUGACAUCAAUGGGCAACAAGUAGAUGAAUUCUAUAUGCAAAUCGCAAAUAUAUCCAAAGUUGUAAUCGUUGAAGGAAAUUUGGUCUUUCUGCAGCCGUUGGUGGUACAAGAGUACCAUAAUCGCGCUGCAAGUGAAGUAAAAUGGAAACGUAACAUAUCUAUAGUAAAUGAAAUUGUAGACGAGAUGCCCAACUGGAAGGAAAUUCUUACAAACGUGCAACAGUUAAAAGAGUUUGUGGAUGCUUCCUACUAUAUCUUGAAAACUUUUGAAAUUCGCCAAAGAAUAUACAUUAAUGCUACUAAAAUUGUAAAUUUCAAAUUGAACGAAGACAUGGAUGUUAUUGGAAUAGUGAAUGAGACUAAUGAGCAUUCUCCUAUAAUGUACUUCAAAUGGUCAUUAACAGAAGAACAAUUUCAACCUGUACAAGAUUACUCUUGGCUUCCAAAACAGGCUAAGCUAAUUGACUUAGUACCGAUUUUAUUUAGCGAGGCUGGUGAUGAAUAUAAUGUCGCUGUUUUAAAUAAACAUAAUGCCAGUUAUUUAUUAUCAAAUCUAAAAUUAAAUUUCGAAAAUUUGUUAGAGGAUAAGCAGUUCUUUUCAAACUUAAAACGGCUUACAAUACAAGGAGAACACUGUUUUGCCUCUCAAGCAAUAACAAACAAUGAUUUAACUAAGGUAUAUUGUAUCAAUAAAGUAUUUGAUUCUCAAUUUCACAUCUACGAAAAGUUCGUGAUUCCCGGGAAUGGUAUUAAAGAGCUCUUACAAGUGGACAAGGACAUAAUUGCAAUUUUGCUACCCGAUACCGUUGAAAUAUGGACAACUCAUCCAAGUUUAAACCUUAAACAAAGUUUGUUUACUCCAAAAGCUAAGAAAAUUGCGAGUGCCAUGUUCAAUAAUUACACAUUCUUAGCUAUUCAAAUCGAAAAACAGUCCAACAGCUUGCAUAGUGGGACAUUAGAAAUUUAUAGUUCUACAAAUUCCACAAAUUUUGGUCAUCUACAUACUUUGGACUGCUCGGAUAUAAUACAGAUAUCAUUCGGAAAAAUUGCGCUAACAGGAGACUUACUAUUGUUUACUUUGACACGAAAUAUUGAUGCACCACUAACAAUAUAUCAGUACAAAGGCGUUGCGGGCUUCCAACAAAUUGUAGGUGCAACCACUUUACCAGCAAUACACGCAUAUCAGUUGUUGCAUUUAGAAAAUGCAGAUAAAAAUAUACUUGCGCUAACAACCAGCGAAGGAUUGUUAUUUGUGGAUAUAGUGUUAAGAAAAUUUUGAAACAGUUGUCAAAUUAGAAGUUUCUUUACAUACAUAUGUAUAGUACAAAGAAAAAUUAUUAAAAUUUGUGUAUAUUAAUUCGAUUCAUCAUUUCAAAUCUUAUAAAAUUGGUCAACUUAUUUGCCAAGCAAUUACUGGAAUACACCUUGAUUUCAUUUGACCAUAACCACUUGAGGAAUGUUAUAUGCCGCAGUAUAGUACACUAUCUUCAAAACAAAAUCCAUUAAUAUACCUUACACGAAUACGGAAUUAGUAGUAUUUGUUUUUCGACCAGCGACCAAAAUUAUUAAAUUUUAAAUGUUU